AUGGCCUCCGCUCGUGUUGUCGCCUCCAGACUUGCCUCGUCCAUGGGCACCAAGGUCGCUCGACCUGCCAUGCGAGCUCAAUUGACCACCGUUGCUGCUAAGCGAACCAUGAGCAGCGCCACCCCCUUCCAAACUGUCAAGCGCCAGCAGGUCUCCAAGAUUCUGAGCGCCACCACCCGCAAUGCUUUCCAACAGACUCCCCGCCGAGCGUACUCGUCUGAGAUCGCCCAGGCCAUGGUCGAGGUCUCCAAGAACUUGGGUAUGGGUUCCGCUGCCAUCGGUCUAACCGGUGCCGGUAUUGGUAUUGGUCUCGUCUUCGCCGCUCUCCUCAACGGUGUUGCCCGCAACCCCGCCCUCCGAGGACAGCUCUUCUCCUACGCCAUUUUGGGUUUCGCCUUCGUUGAGGCCAUCGGUCUUUUCGAUCUCAUGGUUGCCCUCAUGGCCAAACUUAAACAACUUAACCUCCAUACUUACGGAGGCUGGGGUUCACACUACGAUAUGAAACGUGUGAGUGAGCAUUUCUGA